CACAGUACCUGCAUGAGGUUCAGACUUAUAUAUGCAUGAGUCGAUCGCAUCAUUUAUUUACGCUUUCACUGGAUAGUGAGGAUACACUGACCAGUGCAUUUUUCUGCUGCGCGUCCAGUAGCUUCGGUUCUUUGCGCACUGCGCUCCGUAUGACGCGUGAUUGAGGAGCUAUCCACCAGGAUCACACUUCAAAAGGACUUGGCCAUUGCAAUUUCCAAAGGAGAGAGGCAAACUUGCGUGCAUCUAGCACAUGGAUGAACAUCUGAAAAACUCAGUGGGGAACAUUAAAGUUUGGAUAUGCUGAAAUGCGUUUGGAGACCAAGAACCUUUCAGAAGAUCUGAUGGACACAAGGACAUGAGUCUUGAUGGUUGUUCAAUUGCAUAAUAAGAAUUUAAAGUCUUUGUAACUUUUUAGACUUACAUGGAUUUAGUUUUAUAUGUAUUUAUAUAUAUAUAAAAGACCAUAACAAAAAGAGAAAAGAAAAGAAAGAGACAUGGAAAUGAACCUUGGGACUAAGAGGAUUUAGUGCAGUUCAAAACUGGUGCAAAGUUGCAAAAACAUAGUAAAAGCUGUGCUUAAUGUUAUUUUUUUUACGAAGUCAUGCUGAUUCGAAACCAGGCUUUACGGUGGGCAGUUUUCUUGACAAUAUGUCUUCUGUUGAUCAAGGGGUUUCCCACAAAGAAGCACAGAGCAAAUCACAUCAAGAACAAGAGCAGCACGUCCCUAGAGGUCAGAGGUCAUGGUGGCUCCAAAGAUGUCAGGCAGAUGCUUGUGGACAUUCAGAGGCAGACCCAGCUGAGGAGCGCUCCAUCUUCGCAGCACCGUCAUAAAAGUAGAUGGUCACAGAUUCGCUCGGAGGGAGUUCAUCCUAAACUUGCUCCACAGGAGGAAGAGGAACCCUUCAUUUUGGACCUGAAGAACUUCCCUGAUCUUGCCAAUGCGGACCUGGGCUCCCAGAACCCAAACAUUCAAGUCACUAUUGAGGUUGUGGACAACCCUCAGAUGGAAAUUGAGAUGGACCUUGUUAAGGAGAGCAGGAAUGACUGGUCUUUGAGCUCUGAAGAGUGGCUGGACCAUAAAAAGCUCUUCUGGCCUCUCUUCUGGGAAUAUCAUGACUCUAGUGAAGAAGAUCCAGGGCAGGGUAGUCUGGAGGAGCACGGCGAGGACCUCAGCUAUGAGGGUGAAGAUUCCCUUUUGAGUGGGGUGGGUGCCGACUGGAACAGACGAUGGAAGGGCUGGGAAUCCAUGGACAAUUAUGAAUACAAGGUGGAAGAGUGGAGCGACUGGUCUCCAUGUAGUGUCACCUGUGGUCAUGGCAACCAGAAGAGGAUACGUUUGUGUGGCUAUGCUUGCACUGCUACUGAGUCAAGGACAUGUGACCUUGAGCGUUGCCCAGAUGACUUAAUUCCCUUGACAGAACCAACUCCUCAUGGCACGGCAAACAGCACAGAGCUUUUUGGCUCAGAUGUCGACAGCUGUGAGAAGUGGCUGAACUGUAAGAACGAUUUUCUCCAGAAAUACCUACACCAGGUCCUGACUGAACUACCUAACUGCCCUUGUGUCUACCCAUCUGAGGUGGUAUAUAACACUGUCAACAUUUUUGACAAGAAGUUGCAAAAGACGUAUCGCUGGCGUGACGCCAGUGGCCCCAAAGAGAGGCUGGACAUCUACAAGCCCUCUGCAAAGUUCUGCGUGCGCUCAAUGCUCUCCUUCGACAGCACCACAUUGGCUGCUCAGCACUGCUGCUAUGACGAUCACAUGAAGCUUAUCACACGAGGUAAGGGGGCCGGGGCCCCCAACCUUAUCAGCACAGAGUUUUCUCCAGAGCUUCAUUACAAAGUGGACGUGCUCCCUUGGAUCCUGUGUAAAGGAGACUGGAGCCGCUUUCAUUCGGUACGGCCUCCCAACAACGGUCUACAGUGUACUGAAAACCCUCAGGAAGACGUCUAUAUGAAUGAACUAGAAGAGGCCAGGGAGUACUGAUGCAGUCAUGAGCAGUUCUGAUGUUCUGAUCAGAUUGUCUAUUCAGUAUCAGCAUUUCAACUGUUCAGUUUAUUGAGGAGUGUUCUAUGGUACAAUACCGAACAGUAUAGACGUGUCUUUAAUAUGUUAAUGCUGAUUGGACCACUCUUAAAGAUCUUAAAGGAAUGUUCUGGGUUCAAUAAAAGUUAAAAAGUUAAACUAAAUCGACAGCAUUUGUGGCAUUAUGUUGAUUACCAUGCCAAAUAAUUUCAAUUUGUCCCAAAUUCAUUUAAAAACAGAAAACGAAAAUUGUGGUUACAUUAAGGCACUUAUUAUACAAUAGAAGUGAAAAGAGCUAUGUGAUAAACAUUAAAAUGCACACUGUUUACAAACUACAGCCACAAGACAUAAACAUUAUAUUAUAUAUUAUAUAACACAAUUUUAAUGUAAUAUAUUCGCUUACCUUAUCUGUGUACAUUUAUAUCUAAUAUUAAAACAGUGUAUUUUAAUGUUUGGCCCCAUUCACUUUCAUUGUAAGUGCCUGAC